AUGGACGACGUUCUCGAGAUCGGUAAUGAGUUCACUAACCCGCCCAUCAUUCGCGCAGCCCGUCAUGCCGAUAUCAAGUACCUCCAGCAAGCCAUCGAGCGCUUCAAAGUCGACACGACUCGCUGGAAGCACUGCUUCGACCCAAACUAUCAAUGUGAUGAAUACUUCCAGGCUCAUUCCGCGACGCCACUGAUAGAGGCUGCUCGUAAUGGGUUGGAGCAGCAUGUAGCGCUGCAACUCGAAGCAGGAGCGAAACCGGACAAGGUACAGAGAAGGUAUAUGGGCAAGCCGAUAGCGCCGAUGCCCAUGGUGUCUUUAUCGGGACAGGCGUUUAUCAAUCGAAAGCGCGCUGAUAAGAGGGCACGUUUCUGGUCGGAUUUCUAG